AUGGAGGCAUACUAUAAGCAAAACGAGAAGAAUUUGCAAAACGUGAUGCCCCACGUUCCUGAUCAGAAAAGUUUUUUAAACCGUUUUAACCUUCAGGAAGUAUUGCUGAGAAUGCUCAAAGACAUCGCUAAAUAUGCUGAAUUUUUGAAAUUGUUCAUCAAACGUUUCAAAGCGCACAAAGAGCGCAUCGAAGGUAAGCUCCUACUAAAGAAUGACACCGAGAUGAACAAGUCCAAGGAACAAAAGGACAAGACCAAGAAACAACCACGACCAAAAACCAACAACGACCCAAGAACGAUGCGAGAACUGGACACACCUCUGCAUUGUGCGGUAAGGCAGUUGAAUGAGGAUUUCAUUAAAUGGCUCUUGGAGGAACCUGAGACCGAGGUUAACCUACGCAAUAAGCGUAGGGAAACGCCUCUGGCAAUUCUAUGCGUGAUGUAUGGCUGGAGUAAGAAGCGCGAAACAGAAAUGAACGCACCAACCCAUAUAAUGAAGCUUAUAAAAAGAUUGCUGGUAAAAGGAGCCGAUUUUAACAUCUACAUGAACGAAAGCGCACUGCCCUUUGAUUUCCUGCGAAAGUAUGAUACAGAAGCAGAUGUAGUCGAGAUAAUCAAACUUAAUGCUAAAUCGAAUGUUGCAAUAACUGAAAAUCCGCCAAAGCAGUUACAUGGCGAAGGCAAGGAUGUGUCCAGAAAACGAAUCGUGAAGUUUUAUAAGAAAACUGAAGACAUGGACGUGUGUGUCACGCUAGAACUAGUUGAAAUAUUCAUCUACUUUAAAGAUUUGGAAAAGUUUAAACAUUAUUGGACAGAUUUCCAGGUUACCAGUGCCAAUGUUAAAAAAGUUAUAACGCUGCUUUUACAUGUGGCUGUCGAACGAAAUUAUACGCCUUUCGUGGGUCAUAUCAUUAAGAAGGCAUCAAAAGAAAUCUUUAAGCUAGAGGAGAACAAAGCGACGCAGGAGAACAAACAAGAAGAAAUCCAAAUGGUUCAUCGUAAUGAGUUGAAAGGUCUGCUAAAAACGGUAUGUCUUAAUGGAAACAAGGCCUUGUUAAACAUGUUUUUACAGAAGAUGAACGAUAGGCUGUUGGUGAAUCAGAAUCCUCUGUUGAUUAACACGCUGAAUGGAGCGUACACGAUGAAACAGAAAAAGGAUUCGAUCUUCUUGCUGGAUUGUAUGGAAAUCUUGAUCAACAACCACAGGAAAGUUGACAUGUACCGUGUGAACGUGAAUGGAAACACGGCUUUGCAUCUGGCACUCAGUUAUGGAUAUGAAAACUUGGCCUUGCUCAUGCUAAAACGAAGCCAUGGAUUAAUAGGACUCAUGAAUAAUCAAUGUUUAACACCCAUCGAGUACGGGAGAAGGCAGUUUUGGAAUGAUUAUCUGGACAAAUGUAUCAGAGUUCAAUAUCGGACUGAAUUAAAAUUCGACGUGAAUUUCCUCCAGCCGCCACCGAAAAAGGAAUCAACUGAAUCCAAAGCGAAGGUAUCGUGCUGUGGAAACUGGUUGAGUUGUUUACCAUGGUUCAAGCCAAUGAACGAGUUAUACAAUUCCAAAUACCGUUUCACUCGCACUGUGAACGACAUGACCGCUUUGCGUUUGAUUUCCCAGUCUAAGGAUCGCAAGGAGUUCCUCAUGCAUCCAGUCAUCAUUGCGUUCAUAACAAUGAAGUGGGAGCGUCUUUGCCACUGAAAUAUCCUGAAUUUUUUGCUCACGUCGAUAACAAUGUCCACAUUUGCAAUUUAUACACUUUUAGAACCGGGAAGCUGCAAAAAUUGGUCUAUGGCGGGUACGAUAAUCGGAGCAUUGAUAUUAUUGGUUCGGGAAAUUACGCAGUGGCGGUUGCGGCGACGGUUUUACAUCACGCUAGCGAACCUAGUCGAUAUCAUCAAUCUAGUGUUGAUAAGCGCAGUCUUAGGAUGUGAAUACGAACGUGGUGGAGUGUGUAAAGCUGUGCCAAUUGUUUCUUCGUUUGUGGUAGUCAGUUUGUCCCUUCAAGCAACAUUUCUACUCGGUGCAUCAUGGAACAAGCUGUCCAUUACGCUUUACAUGUUCAAAACGGUUGCGAUCAGUUUUUUCAAGAGUUUUCUCUCUUUCACUCCAGUGAUCGGUGCGUUCAUCUAUUCAUUUUAUCGGACGAACAACGAGCCAGCAGAUUACUCCGCCACUUACUAUUCCAAAAAGGACUCUCAGAACAAAAGUGCCGAAAAGAACUUCAACAAUUUUCCAACGUUCUGGAAUGCCAUCAUUAAAACAUUGGUUAUGACUACCGGCGAGUUUGAGGCGGCCAACAUUGAUUUCGAUGGCGGAAAGUGGUUGCUAUUCGUUGCGUUCGUAUUCGUUGCGCCAAUCGUUAUUCUGAAUCUUAUGAACGGUCUUGCGGUCAGCGAUAUUGCUGCUAUUCGUCAACAGUCGGAGUUUAUUAGCAUUUACAGGAAGGUUAAGUUGCUUGAACGAUUCGAAAGUGCCGUGAUCAACUAUGGCUGUUCCUAUGAAACCUCCAGCUUCGUUUAUACCUAA